AUCAUUAGAGCCGAGCUGAUUUUCGCUGAGGAAAUUUUCGAGGGUGAAAGUCAUGUGGUACACCCCAGUGCCCAGAAUUGGUCUGGUUGUAUCCGUGUUCCCAUCAUUCCUCCCAAAGAUAUCCUUGUUGAUCUACACAUCAAAGCUUUUGUUGGCGGCAAGAGCAGCGUUCAGUUCCACGUCUUUGAGAUCAUGCGUCAGCUGCCUGGCUUCUCCAUGUAUGAUCUUAAUGUUGAUCCUGAGGUAUCUCAACCUACUGGGAAAGUCACCUUCGCCAGGCCACAGAGAGUCGUCAUGUGGCUGAACCAGAUCUUCCUCCUACCGGAGGGCAUUGAUACCCCAGUUGUGACGUUCAACUUUCUGCGACGUGGGCAGAGGAGGAACAUGAAGAAGCUCUACAUUGAGCUCUAUGACCUGAACAGAGACCUGAUCAAUGAGUACAAGAUCGGAUCCAACAAUCACAAUGUUCUUAAGUCUGUCAACCAGGCCCAUUCAGAGGGCAGGGAGACUGAGAGCACUGUCAGGGACUGCAGUUUGCAUACAGAAACCAGAUGUUCCCGGGUUUGGCAGUGUCGCUAUAAAUUGCUUUGGUGACUUUCAUCUGUUGUGGAUUACAGCCUGCUGAAGAGAUUAAAUGGAAUGAAUUUUGCAGACUAAAGGGAAAACCCCUCUGAGAUACUGGAGUAGAAACAUAAGGACUGCAGAGUGUUGGGUUACUGAGCAUUAUCCAGCAGGACCUCAGGGUCCCCCAGAAAACCUCUCGGGAAUUGCUCUUGCAUGGGUGAUCAGUAUUGUGAACUCUUCACAGGAUGCUGUAUGGAGCUUUCUGAUCUCAGAGAUCCUGAGGAAGAGGAAAAUACAAAUUAAUGGGAAAAGCCUUUGAAGGGAAAUAGGUUCAGUGGGACACAAUGAGGAGAAUUCACAUAAAAGGAGAUGUUCUGUGCACCCUGCUCAUGCUGGGGCUACUCUGUCUGCUGUUGUACGCCCACCAAUGCUUCACUCCCACCUGGGACACUUGGCACUUAGAGCAGGGCUCUACAAGCUCCCGUGCUCUUCUAGGGGCUCUACCAGAGAGCCACGUGACUAAACUGGUCCCCUCUACGCACCCAGAUAAGACAAAGUGCCAGUCUGAGCCUCAGUCACAUCCGAAGUCCAAACUUCAGUCUAAAUCCAAACCUAAGGCCAAGACCAAAUCUAGAUCCAAGUCAAAGAAAGAUGAGGGGACAAAGAAGGUUGCUCCAACAAAGGCUGCUCCUGUUUUACCCACACAACCACCUUUUGACUUUGAGGGUUACCUAAGAGAUAAGGACAACCGGGACUUCAGACUGCUGAUAGACCAGCCAGGGAAGUGCUCAGGCGAGCUCUACAUGCUCAUUACUAUCAAGUCCGUAGCAGCAGACUUUGAAAGAAGGCAGGUAGUGCGGCACACCUGGGGAAGAGAGGGUGUUCUCCCGGAUUUGCAGACAGUGAAGACUGUAUUCCUCCUUGGGGUACCCAGGAACAAGACAGCCCUGCCUUUAUGGGACCGGCUCCUUGCCUAUGAGAGCCACACCUUUGGGGACAUUCUCCUCUGGGACUUUGAUGACACAUUUUUCAAUUUGACACUUAAAGAGACCCACUUCCUCCAGUGGGUGAAUGACAGCUGCUCCAAUGUCCAGUUUAUCUUCAAAGGUGAUGCUGAUGUCUACGUGAAUAUAGACAACAUUUUGCAGAUGCUGAAGGGUCAGAAGCCUGACAAGGACCUCUUUGUGGGUGACAUAAUCCACCACGCCCGCCCCAUCCGCCGGCGCAGCAGCAAGUACUUUGUGCCUGAGUUUGUGUACGGCCAGACGAUGUAUCCGUCAUAUGCAGGAGGGGGAGGCUUUGUGAUGUCCGGCCACACUGCCAGGCGGCUGAGUGGAGCGUGUCAGCAGGUAGAACUAUUCCCCAUCGACGAUGUGUUCUUAGGCAUGUGCUUAAAGAGAAUCGGAGUCAAACCGUCACGCCAUGAAGGUUUCCGUACAUUUGGAAUUGUGCGCCCCUCGGCUGCUCCCCACCUCCAGGUGUUUGACCCUUGUUUCUACAGGGAGCUGAUGGUGGUACACAGCUUGACAGUGCCACAGAUCUGGCUCAUGUGGAACCUGCUGCAUGACCCCCAACUGAGCUGUCACAGUAACCUGGCCCCCACCCCAUGGCCCUUUAAGUGGGGGGGCAAGGUACUCGGAACAACAGGACAGAAGGACUCCGAGACUACAGUGGAACAGGACUAUGAUGUUACAGUGUUUGUAAAGCAUUGAGGGCUUUGUGUUAUGUCGAUUAGAGGGACUACACUGUGAAAGAGCCAUUGGGAUAUGGAAGCUGUGAUUGAAUGUUUGGUACAGUUAUUUUUAGGUAAUACAGUGGUUUUUGCUUAACAGUUUACAGCCAUGGUAAAUGUGCAUUGUCUCUAGGAAACAGUAUUUUUUUCUUAUCUUUUUCUUGGAAACAUCCUGGAUGUAAAACCAGUUGGUAAAUUUAUUGUGGUGGUAAUGUUUUAAAAACACCCCUGCUCCAUUUAGGUACAGUAUGACUUACUUUGUUUAUUUUAUUGCACAGAGCCUCAAUAAGGUCAAUAUAGAUUGAAACAUGUGCCAGGUUGAUUUUGUGCAGUUGAAUAUACAGUACAGCGUUGUAAAUUAAGAAUCUUUGGGUGCGUUCGUAAAUUCACUCUGGCUAUCUACUCUGAUUUCAGAGCACUCUUGUCUGAGUGUCAGAGCGCAGAAUA